AUGACAAAAGAUACAACUUAUCACGCAAGAAGCAAGCAACGACAUCAUCGUUCUCAUUCUCGAUCGAACCGACGUGGAGAACAAACACCGAGAAUUAUUCAUGUGUCCAUACGAUCAGGGGCCAAGAAAUCUUUCAUCGAUAAGAAUACACGCGUGCUUCACAAAGAUAUGCAAUCGACGGCAACUCAUACAGAAAAUCUGUCUAAAAUAAUCAAUGACACUGAACUAUCGAACAAAUCGGCAUAUUCUACCAAAUCAUUCGGUCUUCACGCAUGUCAACCGUCGACUUUUUUAAACUUAAAUCAGUACAGUUCGAAUAGAAUAUCACCCGAGAUCGAUGAUCACUCGAUGAUACCAGAACAGAGUUCAAACCCGGUAAAAUCGAAAAUAUUUCAUUUGAACUCAAGUCGUAUUGGUACUACGAAAGAUUAUCAUUGCAAUAUGACGCAAAAGAAAAAAACGAAAUACAAGAAUCUUCGCAUAGGUCUCCUGAUACUGCUUGGUUUAAUUCUGUUGUUGUCACUGAUAAUCAUUCCCUCAGUUCUUCUCACACGAACAAAACCAAAGACAACGUUUAAGGAGGCGGUGUUGCGUUGGAAUCCCAGUGGUACAACUGUUGCAGGAAUAACAGGUACAACAGGUAUAACCAAUAGAACUUUAAACAUGCCAUAUGCGCUGGCAAUUGAUUAUCUUAAUACCUUGUAUAUUACUGAGUAUGUCUGCCACCGAGUUCAACGUUGGUUUCGUGAUGCAUCUUCAGGAACUACUGUCGCUGGAAACGCGAAUUGUAUUGCAGGAUCGAAUCUGAUCGAGUUACGCAAUCCUGCCACCAUUCUUCUAGAUUCUGAUAAUAAUAUGUACAUAGCUGACUCCGGUAAUGCCCGAGUGUUGUUUUGGCCAAACGGUUCUUCGUCAGGAAUUGUAAUUGCUGGCACUGGAUUUUUGAGUAAUGGAAGUAAUCAACCAUGUACAGCAUUCGGUAUUUCACGAGAUACCGAAUCCGACACAUUAUAUGUAGCAGAUUACGGUAACAGUUGUAUCAUGCGUUACCUGGCGAAUGCUACUUCAGCAACCGUCGUUGCUGGUGGAAAUGGCGCUGGAUUGGGCUCUUCGCAAUUAUAUACUCCUACGAGUGUUAAUUUCGAAGCGUCAUCGAACAGUCUUGUAAUUACUAAUUAUCCCGCUAAUAAUAUUGUGCGAUGGAAGAUUGGUGACAACGGUUGGACGUUGAUUGCUGGUAGUACAAGUGGCCUAUAUGGUUCCACAUCAUCACUACUCUACUCUCCUUUGAGCACGGCAAUAGAUCCUAUGGGAAAUGUCUAUGUUGCUGAUACACUAAAUCAUCGCAUUCAGUUCUUCUUGUUGAAUGAAACUAGUGGUACAACAAUCGCCGGUGUUGCUACCAUACCGGGUGUCGACGCUACGCAUCUAAGCAGUCCAUAUGGUUUAGCGUUGGAUAAUCAACUUAAUUUAUACGUAACCGACACCUUAAACCAUCGGGUUCAAAAAUUUCUUCGAUAUUGA